CUCUCUGGGUGUCUCUCUCCCUCAACACUCAGCAGACGGACGCAUCCAUGGAGGGCUCGUGCAGCAGUCCUCUGCCUUACUACUUCCGAAACCACAUCUCAACAUGACAUAAGAAGCUAAACCCGCCUCUUCCAGCCAGAAGCUCGCCGGUUUUUUUGCCAAGCAGCCCUCGCAGCAUCCCAGCGGUACCAAUUCCAACUUUUUUUUUUUUAACAUCCCCCCCCACCCCCCCGCUCCUCUGAAACCCCUCCCCUGCACUUUUUCAUCCAUUCCCGGGAGAUAAGUGAGUUUCCUGGGGAUUACAGGAGGUUGCUCGUUUCUUUCUUUCUUCUUUUUUUUUUUUUUUUUUUUUUUUUGGACUUCGGGGAUCCGCAUGGAUGUGGCAGCGGUAGAGGGGAUGUCUCUGCCGGGUAUCCGACUCCGGAAUCGGCCGACGCAAGUGAUGCCGAACCAGAAGAAGGUCAGAGCGAGACGGAAAAAACGAAAGGAGUUGGUUUUAAUCCAGAUAUGCUUGUUCGGCGGCUUGCUCCUGGUCGUGAAGGGGUUUUCCUACUUAGCGGAAAAUUCAGGUUUGGAUGUCUCCGGCCGCAGCAGCGAGGACCAGGAGAGAUGGGGAGGGAGGAGGCUACUGCAGGAAAUGGACAACAGCAGCCUGGAGGAGAUGGAGAGCGAAGAAUCUAAGAACUGCACUACACCAGCACUGCACGAGUUCCCUACGGAUCUGUUCACAAACAAAGAGAGGACAGAAGGAGCUGUGGCCCUGCAUGUCCUGUGUACCAUUUACAUGUUCUGUGCCCUGGCCCUCGUCUGCGAUGACUACUUUGUCCCCUCCCUGGAGAAGCUGUGUGAGCGUCUCCAGCUCAGUGAGGACGUAGCAGGGGCCACCUUCAUGGCCGCCGGCAGCUCGGCUCCGGAGCUCUUCACAUCUGUCAUAGGGGUGUUCAUCACCAAAGGUGACGUGGGUGUGGGUACCAUCGUGGGUUCGGCUGUCUUCAACAUCCUCUGCAUCAUCGGUGUUUGUGGCUUCUUUGCCGGCCAGGCAGUGAAGCUCUCUCACUGGGGUCUACUCCGGGACUCAAUUUAUUACACAUUUUCUAUCACGGCCCUCAUUGCGUUCAUCUACGAUGAGAAGGUGUGCUGGUGGGAGUCUCUUAUCCUGGUCCUUAUGUAUGCAGUCUACAUCCUCAUCAUGAAGUUUAACGGCAGGGCACAUCGCUACUUUGACCGUCGAAAGAAGAGCUCUAUGAAUCUGGCCAACGGGCUGACAGGAAGCACUGAUCUGGAGGAUAACGUCACAUGUGAUGCUACUGCAGUCCUGCUCAAGAAAGCUAACUUCCACUGUAAGCCAUCGGUGUUGAUGGUGGAUGAGCUGCUGUCUGCAUACCCCCACCAGCUGUCUUUCUCUGAGGCCGGCAUGAGGAUCAUGAUCACCAGUCACUUCUCCCCCAGAACCCGCCUCACCAUGGCCUCUCGCAUGCUUAUCAAUGAGAGACAAAGACUGAUCAACACCACUGAGACUCGGGUCAACCGCAUCACUAACGGCGACUCUGACUCAGGUGCCAGGGCUCAGGGGAGGCGGGGCUUAGAGAAUGGGAUGGGCGGGGCCGAACAGGGUCUGAACGGGAGGUGCAGACUUCAGCGACUGGAGUCUGGGAACGAGACAGAGAAUGAAAAUGAGGAUAAUGAGAACAACGAGAACGACGAGGAAGGAGAGGGAGAAGAUGACAGUAAUGGCCCCCUGGUGCCAUUUAAAAUUCCAGCUGGUGUGUGUAACAAGCUAAAGUGGCUGACCAUGUGGCCGCUGUCCCUGCUUCUGUUCUUCACCGUGCCCAACUGUGCCAAGCGCCGCUGGGAGAGAUGGUUCAUGGUGUCCUUCUUCACCGCCACCAUCUGGAUCGCUGGCCUCUCGUACAUCAUGGUCUGGAUGGUGACUGUGAUCGGCUUCACUCUGGGCAUUCCUGACGUUAUCAUGGGCAUCACCUUCCUAGCAGCAGGCACCAGCGUCCCAGACUGCAUGGCUAGUGUUAUAGUCGCACGGCAAGGUCUGGGAGACAUGGCCAUCUCCAACUCCAUAGGCAGUAAUGUGUUUGACAUCCUGGUUGGCCUGGGCCUGCCCUGGGCGCUGCAAACACUCUGCAUCGACUACGGCUCCAUCAUCUAUCUUAACAGCAGAGGACUCAUAUUCUCUGUUGGACUCUUACUAGCCUCAGUAUUCUUCACAGUCCUCGGUGUCCAUUUGAACAAAUGGAUCCUGGACUGGCGACUGGGCUUGGCCUGCAUCAUCCUGUACGCCAUUUUUCUGUGCUUCUCCAUCCUCAUCGAGUUCAACGUCUUCAUCUUCGUCAACCUUCCUAUGUGCCGAGACAUCCACUGACCUCCCUCCUCCUCCUCCUCCUCCUCUUCCUCCUCUUCUUCUUCCUCUGGUUAAUGGAGGAAACCUCACCUGGCUUCCAGUUUCUCAGCGCCUUGGAACCAAGUCUUUCCUUUUAUUUUUUCACAUAGAAAAAUAGAGCUCUAUAUGAUUUAUCUUUGGUGCAAUACACACACGAGAGAGAAGACACCGGAAGUUUUGUUUCUUUGGGCACCGGACAGGAGGCGUGAAAAGAAAGUCCCAGCAGUGGAGAUUGCUGCCAAUCGUCUAAUGAACCGAAAGGUUGGCUGGAGUGGACGUAACUGUAUUAACACCAACAGUGAGGCUGCUGUUGGUGAAGAAGCUGCUACUGUAACUGACUGGAAAGAGAGAAAUCAUGCGCUAACAGCGAUUUUUAGCUGGAUCGUUUGUUACUCUUUGUACAAGUUUGGAUAUAAGCACACGAUUAAGGUAUUUUUAAGUAAAAACUGGCUUUCGCUGUAUAUAUUUGAGGAUUAUAUAGGUACUAAUAUUAGCUGACAUAUGGGAUUCUCUUAUGCACAACUGGAUCAGUCUUGCAAAGCUGAACCAUCUGACGACAGUGACGAUAUUUUAUGUUUUACCUAGCGAUUUGGUCUGCCAGUAAUACGCUCAAAAUGCUUCAACAUGUCUCCCAUGCUCAGUACCAGCCAACAUAGCAUGCUGUGCUAGCCACAAGUCAGCUCUAGCUUUGCACUGACAGAGAGAAUCUAGAUAUUUAACACUAUUCAUUCACAUAGAGUCUACUCUUGUUUGUUUCUCUCUCUCUCUCUCUACAGGCAUAUCCGAGUAGAUGUGGGCUUUAUUUUUCUUUAAUAAAACCCACAUAGGAAAGGGAUCUCCCUGGAACUGACAUCCAGCACUGUCACUUUAUUGAUUAGAGAUAUUAUUCUAUCAUUGCAAAGCCUGUACAGGUACUCUAAACUUGUAACUACUGAAUUUUAACCUCCCUCUAGAAGGUAGACCUCUCGUACGAUAUUAAAGAAUUAUUAGUUUUUAGUCUCUGAGUUGAGUAUAACAUUGUUACUUCUUAAAGCCAAAAGUAUUUUUAGAAUAGGAGUAAGAGUCGUAGAUUUGGACUUAAGAGUCAGCUCGAGUGUAUGUGUGUGCAUGUGCGCGUGUGUGUGUCACAGUCUCGAGGGGAACCAAGGACACCACUGUUACUGGGAAGACAUAAUCAUGAUUUAUUUAUGAAUUAAUUUAUUCAAAGAUCAUGUCUAAGCACCAGUUUCAGCCCCUUGGAUCAUGUACAGUGUAUUCAAUGGAACGUCCUCCGCUCUGUGAUGACGGAGCUGUACAAUGUACUGUACCUAAUAUAUAAUCUAAGUACUGGAAACUGACUUGAUGUUGUUUAUAUUUAAGAAUAGAACUUUAUAAUUUAUAAGUUUUGUAUAGUUUGGAAAGAUAUUGCAACAUUUGUAUAUUGGUACCAACGCAGCGGAUUUUGACGAUGAUGCAUGGCAGGGCUCCGUUGCCACGGAGAUGUUGUGAUUUGGUGACAUGGACUGAAAAUGCAAUCUUUUAUCACUGGUCCUAACACGGGCGGGAGCUGUUGCUAACCCCCUCGUGUGUUGAAUCAGUGAUGAAUCUCUGUUCACUUUCAGACAGAAGAGGAAGUGCGUACUGAUGGCACACCGCCCUUUGAACUCUCACAACAUAUUGUUUCUUAAACACAGUGCUUGAACUAUCGUGCCAUCCCUUGUAUUUGAGGCUUCAAAACCAACGCUUGUGGCCAUUCUCCUGCUUGUAUUUGAGCCAAAAAAAAAACACCUUCGUCAACAGUAUUGCCACUCUUUUUCAGCAUGUGUUCAAACAAAAUGUGGAAGAUAUGUAUUUUUAUUUUUAUUUUUAUCAUGGAGGAGAUGUAUUAAAGGUGUCCUCUGUAGGUGUUGAUGCUCCUCUUGCAGCCACAACAGAGUGCUGUAGAGCUGUAUUACAUCUUCAGAAGGUGGCUGUUACAGACUCAGUAGAAAGUGGUUUGGGUUAUAUUUUCAGGUAGGCUACAUAGAGACAAAUACUGGUCGGUUUGCAUGCCUCUUUCAUAAUUCAGAUUAUUUUGUGUGUAAUUUUAAUGAAUUUCCAAGAUCAAAAAGGCACUGUCUUGAUUAUUCUGUACAUAUCAGAGGGAUAUAUGCUAUUAUAAACACACAGAUGUUUGAAUAACUUCUGAUGAGCAGUUAUAUUUGAGAUAUAUACAGUAUUUAGAAUGUAGGCCUACAACAGUUAGUUUUCAGAUAAUUAAUGUCGUUUUAUGCUCAUGUCUUUUGAAUUGUUUGUAAAUCCUCAUUUUUGUUGAUGAGGACCUCUGGGCAGAGCUCAGAGCCAGAGAGAGAUGUUGGCCUUGUUCCCAGUGGUCUUCUUGCAAUAAACUGAUUUACAUACACAAA